AUGACGAAUAAUAGUUCUUUUGUGUCAUCAAUGAUGUCUCCACCGCCUUCACCAAAAAAGAGUGCAGAUAUUAAGACUUUAGAGAAACCACCACUUUCACGUGCAAUUAACACGUUACUAAAUGAAGAAACUACAACACAAUCUAAAGAACUAGUUGAGAAAGCAAUUAAACCCAAGAGUAGAUUUCGAAUGUUUAUAUGUGAGGCACCACCAGAACUUUUAGAAUUAAUAAAACGAUCAGAAAUCCAAAAAUCUACGAAUAUUACGAAUUCUGCAAAUAUUGCGAAUUCUGCAAAUUCUGCAAAUAUUGCAAGUUCUGCAAAUAUUGUAAAUACUGCUGCAAAUAUUGCAAGUUCUGCAAAUAUUGCAAGUUCUGCAAAUACUGCAAAUACUACGAAUGCUACAAAUAUUACAAAUACUACGAAUGCUACAAAUAUUACAAAUAUUGUAAAAAACAAGCCAAUUAAUUCUAUUAUGGCACAAAAUGGGCACAUGACCGAUGAUAAUCACAUGACCAAGAUCCAUAAAAAAAAUCAUUCAAAUCAUAAAAUUCGAAAAAAUCCAUAUCCAAUAAAAUCACCAACAAAAUCAUCACCAGGAAUUACAUUCAAACUUGAUGUAUUUACACCAUUUAAAGAGGAUCCUAUGGCACUUUUACAUAUAAAUAAUCCAUAUCAAUCAGAAUGUAGUACACCUUCAUUAACAUCUAUUACAUCAUCACCUGAAUCAACACCACCAUCAAGUCAACCACUUACGAUUUCACAUUUACCACAUUUCAAUUCUUUACAUAAUAAAGAAGUAGAAGUAGCAUCUACUUUACGUCUUACUCCAGUACAAUAUUUAACAGCAAAACAUACUUUGGUCUCUGCUGCUCAACGUUAUGUUCAAAAAUCUCUUCCUUUUCGAAAAAGUGAUGCUCAAAAAUUACUGAGAAUUGAUGUAAAUAAAGCUAGCAAACUUUGGGAAUUCUUUCAACAAGUUAAAUGGAUUUAA